AGAAUGAUUAAUUAUUACUAAUAACAAUAAUUCUUUUUUUUAGAUCAAAGUAUUACUAUCAGAAUGAGUGUUGAAAUGAUUUUCACGUCAUGGGUAAGCAGAAGAAAUAGAUCAGGGACAAAUUGGCAUUGGCCUACUUUUUCUGUUAUCUAUUUCUUCAGGGAUCCCAUAUUUUUAUUUCAUAUUUACAUGGGUAUUUGAUUGGAAAAAAAUGAUUCCGAAAAAUAUUCUCAUGAAUGAAAAAUUGCCGAAUCGAGUUGAGAGUAAAAAAUCUAAAUUUAAUCUUAAUCAAAUAUUGUACAGUGAUUGUCUGGAAUGAAGUCGUGCAAAUUAAUUGGAUUAAUAAAAUUUAUCACCAAAUUCUCCGCAGCACUCUGAGUAUUAAUGAAUAUACAUUUUUUCCGUGAAAAAUAUUAAUAUCCCCGAAAUCUACAGAUGAUAAGAGUAGAUAACACGUUUUUGUGGCCUUUAACGUGUACCAAAAACAAAUAAUGAGGGAUUCUGAAAGAUCUCAGUGACAUGUCUUAAUUAUAAAGCUAACAAGCGUCAGACAUCUUCAAAUAAUAAAGGAAUAGUGCAAAAUCAUUAGAAAUAGUUCCGUAGAUGACAAAUGCCCUAGCAGUUUAAGAUAGACUAGUGAGUAGUCAAGGCGUGUGCAAUGAGUACAAUGAUUGAGUGGUUGGACGAGGAAGUGAUUCCAAAAAUAAUUGAGCGUAUCGAAAAAUCGGGAAGAAAGUUCAAACGGAAUUGGGCAGAACUUGAAAACUUUCAUUUUUCAUCCCAAGUUUUUUUGCUGGAACUGAUAUUCAAGGAAGAUGAGAAAAACGAGGAAGAAACUUUUCACUUGAUCUUGAAAUGUCCAUCGGUGCCACAUGAAUUGUCAUGGAAGUUACUUGACAAUGGAAUGUAUGCCAACGAAAUUCUGUUCUACGAGAAAUUCGCGAGGAAUUCUCCAACAUAUCCCCGUUACAUUUAUGGGACAGCCGAUGAUCCAGACAAGACUGUAGUCAUCAUGGAAAAUGUCAGCAAGAGAGGCUUUAAAAUGUGUCCGCAGCCAUACGAUGUUCCCUUCAAAUAUGUCAUGCAUGCCGUUCGUGAGAUUGGUAGAUUCCAUGGUGCAGGUUACGUGAUGAAGGCAAAAUAUCCAAAAGAAUUUCGAGAAAUGAUUUCACAGAUAAAGCUAUGCAGAUAUGUUCGCGGUUCGAGGUAUGAAAUACUGAUAGAAACUGUCGCACUGAGACCGCUGGAGUGGCUUCGCAAAAUCAAUUAUGAUUCCGUUUUUUGUGACAAGAUGGAAAAAUACUUCGGUGAUGCAUUUAAUAAUAUCAUACUCAAUGGUAUGAGGCCAAUUGAACCUCUAGCUGUCUUGAUUCACGGCGACUUCACCAGGAGCAAUAUGUUGUUCAAGGAAACAUCGGACAAAGUGGAGACCAUGUUGAUAGACUUUGGUACAAUAUGUUAUGCCUCACCAGGUAUAGAUCUUUCCACUUUUCUAUUUUUAAACGCUUCAAGCGAAGAUAGGAGGAAUAGAUUUGACGAGAUUUUCGCGGCUUACCAUGAAUCACUCUUGGGGUAUCUUCGUGAUGCUGGCGUCGUGGAUUUGGAAAAUUAUUCGAUUGAAAGUAUGCUCAAUGAUUACCGAAGUCGAGCUACUUUUGGGUACAUAACGGCUCUCCAUUUUCUACCAGUCUUGCGCGGUUAUUGUCACCAUGAUGAUGAUGAUUGUAAACCCUCUCGAGGUCGAGAAGACAUUGUAGCAGCCAGUGGGAGGGUAAAAGUGGGUGGAGGAGAUGGUAUGUCGAAAGAAUUUGCAGACAUGUUAUUGGAACUUCGUAAUACAGGAUGUUUGGAUCACGUCCUUGAGGAAAUUAAAUGAACCUCAAUAGAAAAUGUAAGCGCAACAGGGGUGAAAUGAGAUAUCUAUAAGAUUUGAAUUUUAUAGAAAACAUUGAUUCUGAAAUAAAUAAAAAUUCCUUGAAUAAAGAAAAAUAUAAAAAAACGAAUUCCUUAUGAAUUUAAUUCUCAAUAAAAUAAAAAAUGAAUGCCCGUAUCCCUGUAUAAUCAGGAAUACAAUUGCAUUUAUUAUAUAAAUAAUUGAAACUUCUACCUAUUGUACCCUGUGAGAACAUCGACUUUUACCUGAUUUUUCUCACAUUACAUUUGAUCUUACUUUCAUAUAUUCAAUGUAAAGCUUCAAUGAAUUUAAAAGGAUCUGGUAUUUAUCAUCUUCCGGCGCCAAGGAUGACUAAAUUUAUGAGGAAUCGAUAGAAUUUCAAAUUCAAUAGUGAAGUGCCACGAAAAUUCUUGAGUAAAAAGUUUCACCCUUCUAGUAUUUGAAUGUUUCAAGACUAUCGCUAACGGAUGUCAUCUCCAAAGAAGUGUCGAGAGAAAUAAAUAAAUUCAUAUAAUUAACAUCGUAUGUCUCACAUUUUCAGCCUCCAUUCACGAUUAUAGAAAAAUUUGUUAAAAUGUAAUUACGGAAAUAAUAAAAAAUUACAAAACAUCA